GAUAAAAAUAGAUUAAUAAAUAAAAAACUAUAAAUACACCCGUUAAACACCCAAACAGAUCGUGAAAAAUUACCAACGUAUCGAUCCUUCCGAUCCUCGAUAGUAACUAAUUAUCGGCCAACAACUAAUCCCACCAAAAAUAAACGCGCUCCAAACAUCCGCGCCUCCGAUAAUAAUAAUGUUGUCAUUAACUUACCAAGUGAGUCACCUUCCAAGGCCGAUCGUGUAUACAGCUAGUUUUUAUGAUCCUCUAUUUUAGUCCGCACUCGCAGUAAGUUAGUCAAUCGUUGCAGAAAUGUUGUGGAUCACAUGUGCAGCAAUCUUCACCCUAAUUUUCCUCUACUACAAGCUCCUCAAACCCAUCCGCUACUGGGAAGAACGCGAUGUCCCACACGUGAAAGCCUGGCCAGUAUUUGGAAGCCUAAAGCCCUUCGUCCUGAAGAAAAAACACCUAACUGAAGUCCUCAACGACAUCUACAAACAACACCCUAAUGAAAGAUGCGUGGGCUACAUGCAAUUCACCCGACCCUUCCUCAUGAUCAAAGACCUAGAACUGAUCAAGAGAAUCACGAUCAAAGAUUUCGAUCACUUCCACGAUCAUCUAGCUUUUGAAAACUUAAAAAGCGAUCCUCUGCUAUCCAGAAGCGUAAUGAGCUUGAGUGGCGAGAACUGGAGACGCAUGAGAGCCACCUUAAGCCCUGUGUUCACAAGCGGCAAAAUGCGGAUCAUCUACAACCUGGUAACGGAGUGCGCCGAAAAUUUUGUCAAACACUUCCAAGACAAAGAAAAUGUGCCCAUUGAAAUGAAAGACGUGUUUUCUAGAUUUGCCAAUGACGUGAUAGCGACGACUGCGUUUGGGGUGUCCGUUGACUCGUUGGCCAACCCUGAUAACGAUUUUUUUAAAAUGGGAAGCAACUUCACUAGUUUUAGUGUGGCGACGAUUGUCAAGAUUUUCUUGUUGCAGACCAUGCCAGUGCUAGCUAACUUGCUGCAAAUCCAGCUGUUUACAGACGACGUGAGUCUGUUCUUUAGAAAUUUGGUUAAAGACAACAUUAAGAAAAGAGAGACGGAGGGAAUAGUUAGACCAGAUUUGAUUCACAUGUUGAUGGAAGCUAGAAAAGGACACUUGAACCCCGACAGUGCUAAAGAAAGAGAAGAAAGCUUGAUGUGUCUUAGUGAAGAGGUCAAAAAUGCUGCUCCUUUGGAACUGAGUGAUGACGAUAUUGUUGCCCAAGCUUUGGCUUUCUUUUUUGCUGGUUUUGACACGGUUUCCACUGGUUCUAGUUUCAUGGCACACGAACUUGCACUUCACCCAGAAGUCCAAAAGAAACUACAGUUAGAGGUUGAUUCUGUCAAUAAAGAACACAGCGGAAAAGUUCCGUAUGAAGCCAUACAAACCAUGAAGUAUUUAGACCAAGUAGUGUGUGAAACGUUACGGUUGUGGCCGCCUGGUUUCCAAACUGACAGGUUAUGCAGCAAAGACUAUGUGAUAGAGCCGAAAAACCCUAAAGAAAAGGUGGUUUUUGUGGCCAAAGGUUCGUCUGUGAUGAUUCCCAUAUUUUCGUUGCAUCGUGAUCCUAAGUAUUUCUAUGAUCCGGAUAAGUUUGAUCCGGAGAGGUUUAGUGAGGAGAAUAAGGGGGAGAUUGUGCCGGGGACGUACUUACCAUUUGGUAUGGGGCCCCGGAAUUGUAUCGGUUUGAGAUUCGCCCUCCUUGAAAUGAAGGUUCUAUUUUUCCAUUUGUUGUUGAAUUUUAUUAUAGUCCCAGUGGAAGAAACCGCAAUUCCGUUAAAAAUUAGUCCAAAGAAGAUUAAUUUUGCUCCAGAAAAUGGGUUUCAGUUGAGUUUGAAGCCAAGAACCAAGCGAUGAAUUGAGGAAUAUUUAAAUAUUUGGGGGUUAUUAGUUUUUAUUUUUAUUUACUUGGUGUGACAAAUGAUGUUUUUUAAGUACAUGUUAUCGGUUUUUAUCAGCCCUACUGCCAUGUAAAAUUUAUGGGGCAUGGAGUUACUUUAAAGUUCUUGAACACAUUACCAUUUAUUUGUAUACUUAUUAGGGACACAUAAUAUGUUAUUUUAUUAAAAAUUUAUUUUUUUUAA